AUUAAUCGCUGUCAUAUUCUGAUGUUCCGCAAAGACAGCAUUUAUUUUUUAGAACCACGCGUAUUGAAAUCGACAUUGUUGUAUGGAAUACACUAGCACUUUUAAACAGGAUGACAUGAGAAAGAAAAAAUAUAUAUUCGUUUGGUGGCUGGGAUAAUUCUGAUGGACGCAUACCAUUGAUGCCGGCUUUUAAAUUGUCCCGGGUUUGGUAAAUGGUUGCCUGUCGUAGGAUGCUGCUGGGGCUCGCCUUUCAGUGCGCACGCGACAUUAUGUAACGGGAAUCGCAGUCGUUUUCAAACCUGCAUUUACUUGGAGCUGAUACUGAAUCUAUCAUCAUCCUUAACGUUUCUCUUCCAAAGCUGCUUCCUCUGUUCUAUUUGCUGAUGCCCACAGCUGCAGAUUGCCUGUAUGGGCGGAUCAUGAGGUGUUUGACUUUUUUCCUUCUGCUUCCAGAAAACUUGAAAAAGGCUAAAAAGAGUGGGAGACACUCCGGCAAGCUGCCAGUAUGUUAUGAGAUCGUGACUUUAGCCUUGGAGAAGAAAAUGGCCGCAGAACUAUACCCUGUCAGUACACAGACUAAUAUCCCGAAUAGCAACGGUAUUGUAGUGACGGCUGCCAGCAAGAAGAGCAUCGUCCAAGUCACCCAGACGAUAACCACUGUUACUGCCGCCACGACUCAACAGAAUAUCAAAAACAACAACGUCGAGACUACUAGCUGGCAGACUUCUCACCCAACACUGCGAGAGAGGAAUGCUUUAAUGUUUAACAACGAACUCAUGGCCGAUGUUCAUUUUAUUGUGGGUCCUCCAGGCGAAUCACAAAAAGUACCUGCCCACAAGUAUGUUUUGGCGGUUGGCAGUUCUGUUUUUGGUGCAAUGUUUUAUGGAGACCUUGCAGAGGGAGAGUCAGAAAUUCACAUCCCGGAUGUGGAGCCUGCUGCUUUUUUAAUUCUGCUAAAAUACAUGUACAGCGAUGAGAUAGAACUGGAAGCAGACACAGUGUUGGCCACUUUGUACGCCGCCAAGAAGUACAUUGUACCGGCCCUGGCAAAGGCGUGCGUUAACUUCCUGGAGACGAGCCUGGAGGCGAAGAACGCCUGCGUGCUGCUGUCCCAGAGCCGGUUGUUCGAGGAACCCGAGCUCACCCAGCGCUGCUGGGAGGUGAUCGACGCCCAGGCGGAGCUGGCCCUGCUGUCCGAGGGCUUCUGCGAGAUCGACCGGCCCACGCUCGAGAUCAUCCUGACGCGGGAGACCCUCAACAUCAAGGAGGCGGUGGUGUUCGAGGCCGUGCUCAGCUGGGCGGUGGCCGAGUGCAAGAGGAGGGGCCUGGCGCCCUCCUCCCGGAACAAGAGGAGCGUGCUGGGCAAGGCGCUCUACCUGGUCCGCGUCCCCUCCAUGACGCUGCAGGAGUUCGCCGACGGGGCGGCCCAGUCGGACAUCCUGACGCUGGAGGAGACGCACAAGAUCUUCCUGUGGUACACGGCGGCCAGCAAGCCGGAGCUGGGCUUCCCGCUGAGCCGGCGGAAGGGCCUGUCGCCGCAGCGCUGCCACCGCUUCCAGUCCUCGGCCUACCGCAGCAACCAGUGGCGGUACCGGGGCCGCUGCGACAGCAUCCAGUUCGCGGUGGACCGGCGCAUCUUCAUCGCCGGGCUGGGCCUGUACGGGUCGAGCGGCGGGAAGGCGGAAUACAGUGUCUGCAUCGAGCUCAAGCGGCAGGGGGCCGUCCUUGCGCAGAACCUGACCAAGUUCGUCUCGGACGGGUCCAGCAGCACCUUCUCGGUGUGGUUCGAGCACCCGGUCCAGGUGGAGCAGGACACUUUCUACACCGUCAGCGCCGUCCUGGACGGGAACGAGCUCAGCUACUUUGGGCAGGAGGGCAUGACGGAGGUGCAGUGCGGGAAGGUGACCUUUCAGUUCCAGUGCUCCUCGGACAGCACCAACGGGACCGGGGUGCAGGGGGGACAGAUCCCCGAACUGGUCUUCUACGCGUGAGAUUGCACGCGGGGCAUUUUGAGCGCACCCCCGUCACUGCUGUCAUGGAAACUUGG